UUCGCGCUGCGCACACGUUCGACGACGCACCGCCGGCACGACGUUAACGAAACCGACUACCGACACCGACACAUUCGGCGGGACUUCUACCCCCGUGUUGUGGGUGGCGCGUUUCCAGUACGGUGUGCCGAGUGUUGCGUGCUACUCCUGUUUCGCGCUACUCGUGUUUCGCGCUCGUCAGUCGUUCGCAGGGCUGCAAGUGUUCUCGUUUGAAAAAAAUUAAUUUAUCGUCGUCGUCGUCGCUGCCUCACGUGGGGCAAUACUAAUAAUAUGAUUAACGGCGAAAGCGGCGGCGACGGCGUCAACGGCGGCGGAGUAGCCAAACCGACGCCCCCGCCGACGCUUCCCAAGUCGUACACGCCGAGCGCGGCUGCCGCGUACCGUUUGGCCAGCAUGGAACGCCUGGCCCAACGUCAGCGGAUUUUCGAACAGGGUGGACCUCCGCCGCCUUCGUCCACCGCCACCGCGGCCACUACCGUCACCACCACCGCGGCAGCGUCUGACGAUCACCAGCACCACCAGUCGUCGCCGGCCGGGCCGCCACCACCCGUCACCGCACCCAAACCCGUGCUCGGCACCAAGUUACAAAGCAAACGAGAGUUAUUCUUUAAGAAUGACGUAUCGGCAAACAGUGGAACUCCGUCUACUGUUCAAUCAAAUCCCAAUUCAACUUCUCCAGUGCCCCAUCAGAACUCUGUUAACAGUAUAAAAACCAAUCAAAGUACAAGUUUACCAUCAACUGCUCCAAUGAAUUUACCGCGAGUACCAGUUGUUGUUAAAGUCGAGACAUCGAUGGAGCCUACAGAAAACAAAGAAAAACUUUUAAAAACAGAUCAAUCAGGAACUGGAAAGGUUAAUGAUAGAAAAGUGAAAAAAUUAGAUGGAUAUGUUGGAUUUGCCAAUUUACCCAAUCAAGUAUAUCGUAAAGCUGUAAAGAAAGGCUUUGAAUUUACUCUCAUGGUUGUUGGUAGAUCGGGUCUUGGGAAAUCCACCCUAAUCAACACAAUGUUCUUAGCUGACAUAUAUGGCAAAGAACAUCCUGGUCCUUCUUUACGUGUUGGUAAAACAGUACGAGUUGAAACUAACAGAUGUAUGUUAAAAGAAAAGGGUGUCAAUCUUUCACUUACGGUAGUUGAUACACCAGGGUUUGGUGAUGCUGUUGACAAUUCAGAUUGUUGGCAACCGGUGCUCGAAUAUAUUGAGUCAAGAUAUGAAGAAUACUUAAAUGCUGAAUCCAGAGUUAAUAGAAAAGUACAACAUGAUAGCCGUGUACAUUGUUGCUUAUAUUUUUUGGAGUCAAAUAGUCAUGGAAUGACUCCAUUAGAUGUAGAGUUUAUGCAGAGACUUCAUGACAAAGUGAAUAUAAUUCCCAUUAUUUCUAAAGCUGAUACAAUGACUCCAGAUGAAGUGACAGAGUACAAAAAACAGAUUUUAAAAGAAAUUGCUCAGCAUAAAAUCAAAAUUUACGACUUCCCUGAUUCUGACAAAGAUGAAGAUCGGGAAAAUUUAAAAAAACUUAAGGCACGUGUGCCUUUUGCUGUAGUUGGUUCAACCGAAGUUCAUGAAGUGGAUGGAAAAAAAGUACGUGGUCGAAAGUAUCCUUGGGGUUUAGUUGAAGUGGAAAAUCUUGAUCAUUGUGAUUUUGUUGCCUUAAGAAAUAUGCUAUUAAGAACACAUUUACAAGAUCUAAAAGAAGUGACCAGUAAUGUGCAUUAUGAAAACUUCAGAUUUAGAAAAUUGGCUUGCUUCUCAGCCGAUGGUCCCAAAGGAAUGACCAAGAAUCCACUAGCCCAAAUGGAAGAUGAGAAACGUGAUCAUGAUGCCAAACUUAAGAAAAUGGAAACUGAAAUGGAACAAGUGUUUGAGAUGAAAGUCAAAGAAAAAAAACAGAAACUUAAAGAUUCAGAAAUUGCUUUGCAACAAAAGAAUGAACAAAUGUUGAAGAGAUUAGAAUCUGAAGCUAGUGAAUUGGACGAAAGACGUCGACAACUUGAAUUAGAAAUCAGAGACUGGGAAUCUAGCAGUGGUGUUAGUCUUGACGAAUUGAGAAGGCGAUCAUUAGAGAGAGAAACUACUGAUGGAAAAGAGAAAAAAAUCAAGAAAAAAGGAUUAUUCUGAAACGAGUAGUGCCAUAAUAAUAUGUAUAAAAUCAUAUUAUUAUAUGUCUAAUUAUUAUUUGACCAAGUUGUAUGAAUCGGGUACAAUCUUGUUUGAGCAGUUAUAAUGAAACUUAGACUGUCAAACUUGUUACCAAUAAUAUGUGUGCAUACCACAUUUAUCAUAACAAUAUUCUUUUAAUUUUUUACUACCUUAGUUUUAAUGAUAUAGUCUUAAUAAUCUUAUCCAAUCAUUGAAUAUUUUAAUAUGCGUUUAUACAUAAAUAUACACAUUUUAUUUGAGUAAUGAAAUAAUUUGUAAGUAUUUAUUAUAGCCAAAUUGUUUUUCAGUUCCAUAGUGUUUAGAUUUUAAACAAAUGAAGCUCAAUUGUGUAAUCCAUAAAUAAAUGAAUAUUACUGCCUAAAAUUUAUCAAAACCGUAAUUUUUAAGCAAACACCAACUGACUAUUUUAUUCAUUCCAGUAAUAACAUUUAAUUUUAAUUGAUAAAGACAACUCUGUGAAAUAUUAUUCUCUUUUUUCCAAGAAAUUGCCAUAUUAAUCUUUUAAGUUUAAACAACAUUAACAUUAACAUAUUGUGUCAAAAGUAUUAUCAUUCAUUUUUGUAUCUUACUUUUUUUUCUCAAUAGAAGCUAAUUGAAAUCACAGAAAACCAUAAUUUUUAAUUUUUAAUUAUUAACAAAUGAAACUCACAAUUUUAUUGAUAAUGUUACUGAAUGCAUUCCUUUAAUAGUUUAACUUCGAACAAACCCAUUAUUAAAGCUGUUCAUCCAUUGCUCAAAGUUUUUAUGGAUUUUAUUUAAUAAAAAAUUCUAUCUUGUAUUUAGUAUAUUAUUGUUUCAAUAAAUUUGUAUUAUUGCUUGAAAACCUAUGAACAAUAGUAUUAAUUAAAGUGCCCUGACCUUAUGUCCAUCCAAUAGUAUUUACUUUACAAACUGAUAAACUGGUAUUUAAUAGUUUUUAUUUAUGUCUUAGUUGGAAAUAUUGUUAAGGAAAUAAAUUUUAACAUUUUAUUUUUGUAUGAAUUUAACCCUUGAUUUAGCAUAUAUAUUUUAAUAUGUAUAAAUUCUCUUACUAUUGUAUUGUAAUGAAUCUUGCCUUAAUUUUCUGGUAUCGGUAACGAUUAACUUUUAUAUUAACUUAGUUUUAAAUUCAUGCACACUCAUAAAUGUGUAUUUAUAAAUUUACGAUACCUAAUUUACCAUUUUUGGACUGUUGAAAUAGUGAGCUAUAUGUCCUGCACGGUUUCAAUUUAAUUGUUAAAUAACAACUUUGUGCUUUCCAUUAAGUUUAUUCCUCCACCGUGAGUAUCUACUCAAUAUUGUUAAACCGUACGGUAAAUUGUAAAUAUACUUUUAAAUA